CAGUGAGCCAAAAGAAAUGGAAGGAGCUUGAAACGAUCUACAGCAUUUUUGGAAUGUAGUUAAAGAAAUCUUCAUGCUUCAAGUGAGAAGAAAUCAGGAGAUCAACUUGGCAGGAAGUAAGUGGGUAUCUAAUUGGGUGGCGUAUCGACAGUGGUGAGUUUAGGAUAUGGAGUAGUGGAUUAAGGAUAAGGAUAUGAAAAUUAUGGAUUUAUAUUAUGUUUGAAUAAGUUAGAUUUGAGAUUGAAAUAAGAAUUUAUUAGACAAAAAAUACCCUCCUUCUAUCUAUGGGGCCAGAAGCAACUCAUCUUAUUGUAGGCAGUUUCUUUAUUUUAGUUUUCCUUUUUUUUUUUGGAACCGUGCGGCGAUUUCUUUUUGGAAAUGGUGAGAAAAGAUUUGAAUUAUGCGAAAGAAACCCGAGAUCAGAUCAGCACUGCACCACCAAUUAAAUUCGCCGAGCAGCGGCGGCGGCGGCGGCGGCGGCGGCAUCUGCAUCUCCGCCUCAUCCUCUUGCUACUGCUGCUGAGUUGAGCUGGAUCGGUGGCCCCGAGCAGCAAGGAAGUCAUGUCUCCCUCCGGCGAGGUGCUGGCCUCCAUCUCCUCCGCCCUCGCCGUCGUCCUCGUCCUCCUCGCCUGCAUCGAGCUCGGCGACGCUGUCGGCGUCUACCGCCUCAUCCAGUACGACCUCGCAGGCGCCCCGCUCGGCUCCCGCGCCGCCGCACUCAACCACCACGCCGCGGCGCUCCAGCUCCCCGCUGCCGCAGACCUCUCCCGCUCAGCUCUCGUCGCGCCGCUCCUCGACCUCCCGCUCUCCUUCCUCCGAGAGUACCUGGCGGAGAAGAAACUUCUGGGAGGGUUGCUCAUUCUGCUCCCAGAAAAGCUCGGUGAUAAGGAUGGUGCAGGGAACAACGAUGACAAAGGGCAAGUAAAGGGUGUACUUGCUGAGCUGGAAAAAUUGCUUGUUCAUGAAGAAGUUCCGUAUCCGGUGUACUUCGCUUUCCACGACGACAGUUUUGAUAACCUGCUGGCAGAUAUCCGUAAAAUUGCCUCUUCAGGUCAACCAGCCUCUGCAACAACAGGAGGUUACAAACUUGUAGUGUCCUCGGCGGAACCUAGAAAAGUGUCAUCUCCGACCAUUUCUAAUAUCCAGGGAUGGCUACCUGGACUGAAAGGAGAGGGCGAUGCUGAACAGCUUCCGACUAUUGCCAUAGUUGCAAACUAUGACACCUUCGGUGCUGCACCUGCGCUUUCUGUGGGAAGCGACAGCAAUGGAAGUGGAGUUGUGGCUCUUCUAGAGAUUGCAAGACUCUUUUCACGCCUGUAUUCAAAUCCUAAGACCAGAGGCAAGUACAAUCUUCUCUUUGGGUUAACAUCUGGUGGACCCUACAAUUACAAUGGAACUAACAAGUGGCUUAGAAGUUUCGAUCAGCGUGUACGCGAGAGCAUUGACUAUGCAAUUUGUUUGAACAGUGUUGGUUCCUGGAGCAAUGACCUCUGGAUGCAUGUAUCAAAGCCUCCAGAAAAUCUUUAUAUCAAGCAAAUCUUCGAAGAUUUUUCGGAUGUCUCUAAAAAAAUGGGUGUUUCAGUUGGAAUCAAGCACAAGAAGAUUAAUGUCUCAAAUCCUAGAGUAGCAUGGGAACACGAGCAAUUCUCAAGGUUUAGAGUGACUGCACUUACUCUUUCGGAAAUGUCUGCCCCUCCUGAAUUUUUGGAAAGCACUGGUGGUCUUCAUGACACUAGAGACUCUGCAGAUGUUGAGUCAGUAAUCCGAACUGUCAGAUUAGUUUCUGAGAGUCUUGCGAGACACAUCUAUGGAUUGAAAGGAAGGAACAUCGAUGUUUUUGCAGAGAAUAGCAGCUUAGCCAUUAAUCCUCAUUACAUCCAGUCCUGGUUGGAUCUGUUAUCACGGACGCCACGGGUUGCACCGUUUCUUCAGAAAAAUGAUCCCUUCAUAGCAGCACUUAAAAAGGAACUGUCUGAACACACUGCUGACGUGCGUGUUCAAAAUGAUGCCCUUGAUGGCAUGUUCACUUUCUAUGAUGCAACGAAAGCAACUCUAAAUGUAUAUCAGGUUGCAAGUGCUACUUUUGAUCUGCUGUUCCUUCUGGUGCUUGGUUCCUAUCUAAUCGUUCUCUUCAGUUUCUUAGUAAUUACUACACGGGGUCUUGAUGAUCUCAUAAACAUAUUCCGUCGGCCUCCAUCACGCAAAGUCAAGGGAGCAUAGGCUAGAUUGUGUUUUGUGUACUAGUUUGGAGAAACGCAUGCCUAGUUAGAAGAGCUAGACAUCAGGAUGACAGAGGCAACCCACAGCACAUAGACAUUGUAAUUGCAUAAUUUCACUGUUCUCUCCAGCCAAUGUGAGUGGCUUCAGAUUCCGCUGCGCAGAACAAUUUGUUUCUUUUGCGCGAGGAUUGUUGCUGUAAUUUGGCCGUAUUCUUUUUAUGAAGCUUACAAUUUUGGCUAC